AUGUCCAUCCCACUUCUUGAUCGCAACCUAUGGCCGUCCGGUACGGGAAUGAUGACUCAGCAUCCUUGGGAUAUGCUGCCUCCUGCCAUUGGUGGAGCCGAUACACGUCUGAUUGCAUCGCUCCAAUCACAGAACCGCUUCGUUUGUAGCCGCUGCCACAAGAGCUACGCCCAGUACCCGUCGCUCUAUAACCAUAGAAAGUUCGAGUGCGGGAAGCCGCCUUCACUGCAGUGUCCCUACUGCGAGCAUCGCACCAAGCUGAAGGGCAACCUCAAGGUGCACAUCAUGAAUAAACAUUCCGAUGCCACCGGGCAAGGCAGUGUGGCAGCAAUGAAACAAGAGUUACGCGCCAGACCGAUUGAAGAGCUGAUGUGCUCCUCGCUGAAUGAGAUUUUCAGCCGAAGAGGCGCCAAGUCACAGAUGAUGAGGAGCUGGACUGAGCCAGGCUACAAGUGCGAUGUCUGUGGCAAAGUGUACGGAUUGGUCAGUUCUCUGCUCAACCACAAACGGUUCGAAUGCGGCAAAGGACCCAACUUCAAGUGCCCGUUCUGCAACCACAUGUCCAAGCAGAAGGGAAACAUGAAGACGCAUAUUGCACACAAACACACAACCGAGUAUCUCGAAUUCCUCAGCUCACAGACACAGCUGCCUCUCUUCCAAUGCAAUCAAGGCUUCAACAACUCGUUAAAAUGUAUGAUCGACGUCUUCGAGACCGGAAAAGGAAAGCUGUUCAUCUGCUCGUGCAGCAAGGUGUACAAGACCGAGCAGUUUCUGAAGCACCACAAGAUGUUCGAGUGCGGCAAGGGACGGCUCUACAAGUGUCCGCACUGCGCCAGCAAGUUCACCAGGAAGUACACUCUCAAAACUCACGUCAUUAUGAAACAUAAGGCUAGAAGUACGGACUUUGAUCUAGAUGCAGACGCGUGCGCUCUCUAG